AUGGAGUCAUUUGAUAACGAUGAUGGAUAAAUCUCUCUUGAUUAAAAAUACAAUGAAGGCCAUUUUAUGUCUCUGCUAAAAUGCUUAGAGGAAAUAGAAUCUCUGGAUGAGCGUAAUUAAAUGUUCUACGUUGAGGUGAUUAGAAAUCUCUCAGAAUUUGUGGUGUAUAGUGAAAAGUUUAAAAAGAACUAUUUCGAUAUAUUUUGCGAGAGAAACACCCUCGAGAGUUUUGUGAGCAUUUUGAAUAUGAAUAACAGAUUCGCCAAUAUGCAACUGAUUUAAACAUCUAGUAUAUUCUUGCAAAACAUUGACUAGAUGACUAAGAAAUCAAUAAAGUUUUACAACCAUCCAGAAAUGAUGGUAAGAAAUGCAAUAAGAAUUAUCGCCCUGACAAUCUUCAAGCUAAACGAAGAUUCUAUUAAUACUCUGCUCAUGGAUCUACCAUUUUGCCAAUACUUCGCUAAUCUAUCAUGCUACUUUAGAGACAAAAUCUUGGAUCUAGAUUAGUCUUAUGCUAGUACUCACUCACCACAUCAAAACAAAGGUAAACCUCAAAAGAACUAGGAAUUACUCUCUUCAUCUGUGGAAGAACUGCAGGAUAUGAUGGAAUUCUUUUAGGAAGUAUUCGAAGUUGAUAAUAAAAUUGUGAGUGACAUGCUAGCUAACUGUCUCUUGCAUUAUUGCUACUUACCUGUGGUGGUAGGAAGUUUAGUGUGUAUUUAACAAAAGCCAAUAAUAUCCAUUAGCACAUCCCAAUAUGUCCUAAUAUAAGCACUGAUCAACAUUAAGUAUUAGCCUUUUACUAAUGUAUUAGUUGCUUCAUUACUAUUGUAAGAGAUACCUAAGGUUAUAAAGAGAGAAGUUGAAAUCUACCCUGAGGUACAGCCUUAAAAUUAUAAAUACAAAUGGAUGAUGAAACUUCCUUUUUAAUAUACUAAGAAGAUUUAUAUUCAGGAAAACUUCAAUGAUCAGUGUCUAGAACUAUUCUUAGAGGAUUAAAAGUAUCCUUGUCUCAAGUCUGUUUAAGAAAAGAUACAAGAUAUCUCACCAGAAAUCAGAUAUGAAAACGAAACAAGAUAAGAAUUCAAUUAAGAGAUCUAUAAGAUCAUUUAGGAAACAUUGACUGCAGAAGAUUUGAGGAUGAUGGAAGAGGAUCAUUAUGGUCUGUCUCAAGCACUUGGACAUCCAGUAGGGUUGAUUAAUGACACCAAAAAAGAUAAGGAUUAUGAUAAGAAUGACGGGAGAAUUCAAUUCUUACACUUCUUGAAGUCUAAAGAUGACAACCUUAUACUUUUAACCUGCUGUACCCUCUACUCUAUCUUGACUAUUUCCAAAUGCUUCAGAAGAAAGAAUCUGCUGCUUCAAAAAUUAAUAAACACUACUGAUGUUGACAGAUUAGACCUUUCACCAAGAAAGAAGUAGAACUUGCAGAAUUAGAGAUUAAAGGAAGUUGAGAAUAUGGAAUUAGAAUUUUAAAAGCACAUCUUAAACUCUUGCAAUGGCAUAAUUUACGAUUCAGAGAUUAUUGAGAACCUUAUUAAUUUGCUUUCAAAUGAUCCACCAUUCAGAAUGAUAACCAUUAAGCUAAUUUGUAGCAUUAUCUGCCAUCUCACUUACAAUAAGAAACUAGAGUGCUCACUUAGCUAGAUAAACUAUAUUCAGCUGAAGAAUUGCUACGGCUCAAGUAUCAACUGCUUAUAAAAGCAGCUGCUUAAUCCACAAAUUUCAGAAAAUCUACCAGAGAUGAUUGAAGAGGAAUGGCUGAAAUUUAAAUUCGUUGAGUAAUCUGAAAUAGAAAAUUUAAUUAGUGAUCCACUUAUUAUGCUUCCAAGUAUCGAUGAUAAAUCUGUUAGAAAAAUGCCUUAAGCUUUGUCAUAUCCCAUCAAGGAGAUGGAGAUUAUUAGGUUGAGAAUCAAACUUUUCUUGUCAUUGAGGCAUAUGAUAUUUAAUCUUACUAUGAAUGAUGGCUCAGUAAAUAUAAGACUUAAGGAAAAUCCAAUUAAGAAGGGUGAGAGAGAAAUUUCUAAAUGGGUUUAAGGCAACAGUUAUGAAAUUUCAGCUAACAAUGAGCUUAUUUUGUGCAACAUCAGGAAGGGGACUCAGAUGAUGCCAUGCUAUUUCUUGCAAGACUAAGAUUUCUUUAUUAUAAUUCAAUCAGACUUCAGCAAAGACAACGAAUACAGAGUCAAGGUUUUGGUGAAAGUGCCCUUAAAAUUAGUUUAAAGUGCUAUUGAUAGAACAGAGGCGAGGAAUCUGAUUAUAGCCUAUCCUGAUUUCCAAAACAACAACAAGCAAGGCAAGCCAAAUGUUGAGGAGAUGCUGAUAUACUUUGAAAAUACUAUGAAGUGCUCUUUCGUCAAGAAUAAAAUUGAUAUUUCCAAAACAACAUCACAGCAGGUUGUAAUUAACAGAGUAAAUGCUUUACUUGAGAAAUGCUUGAACAUCACUCAGCCAAGCAGCAUUGCUGGUGGAAAUAGUCCUAAUGGUAAAUCUGAAUGA